AUCAUCUGUAAAGUUUCAUGUAAUGAACUUGUCAAGCCAAAUGGAUAGACUGCCCUACACCUAUAUGCUGAUAUUUUGCUCUUUCACAUUUGUCUGCAUCGUUGGAAGAGCUCCAGGAACUAAUCAAACCAUCUCUGCGAACUCCGACACAUCUCCUUCUCCUAAACUUUAUGUUGUCAGAAAUGAAGCUUUCAAUGUGGGGAGUGAUGUUAACCUGACAUGCAGCAAUAAAACAUGGAAUGAGAUGAUGUAUGUCAUCUGGACAAUAGACAUGAAAUACAAUCCAGAAGAAUGUAAGAUAGCCUUUGACACUGAAGGCCGAAGCGAUGACUCCUGCGAAGAUGGAAAGUCACUUCGAAACACAUCCAGUGCUCAGUCAUACCUGCACAUCCCAAACUUCUCAGAUUAUGAUGUGGGGGUCUACAAGUGUGAGUCAGUUUACAGAAGACUAAACGAAAAUUAUGAGAUCCACGUGGCUAUCACAGUUCCUCCCAGUAUAUCAGCCUGGUUAGAACGCAAGGACAACAGGAUGGUGGCAGUGUGCAAAGCUGAAAGUGGAAUACCUGCUGCCAACAUCAGCUGGAGUCAUAUGGGAAACUCAUCAACUGUGGAAACAUUGCUUGACUCACGUGGAUUUUAUACAGUAGAAAGUCUUCUGGAGCUUCCAGAGGGAAUGGAUACAGUUAAUCUGAGCUGUGUGAUCAGGCACCCAUACUGGAAAGGGGAAAAGAUUUUGGUACCGGAGCUCCAAAAAGGGUAUGUUUCUUGGCUGCGUGUCCUUAUUGUUGUGGUGAUCAUUGCGUUUUUGACAGGAGUAUUAUUUUUUGCACAAAAGAAACCAGUAAUGUUCAGGUGAUUCCAGCAGUCCGACGACACCUCACCAUCCAGAUCCCCACCGACGGAGGAUGUGGAGCCCUACCCUAACCCUACCUGUUCUGCCAUCUAGUGGUGCAGAUCAAAACAUUGUUCAUCAUCAUGAUCAACGCUGUAUAACAGUCCAUGAUAAGAUGUCUAUAUAAUACUAAUAACACACUUAAAUCUAGUAUUGCUGAAAAGAAUAAACAAAUAGACAGCCAGGGUCUAGACGUCCUGUUUGAAUUCUGCUAUUAAACCCCAUGCUACUGCAACUAUAAUUAGUGUUACCCUCACAUUGACUAUUUAGUUGACAUGGUCAUAGUUUAUGGAAAAAAAGAGGAAACAUGAAACAGUUGAAGUCUCUAAUCUUUCACUUUUCUGGUGAACACAUUAACAUGAUGAUUUCCUCUCUGUAAUGUAGCAAAGAACCAUACUGAGGGGAUCAUUACCUUUCAAAUCUUUUCAGUGACGCAGUUGAUUAUUACAACAGAAUGAUGAACAAAAGUAUUGGUAUUCUGUAAAGUUUUAAUCAAUUAAAAAUAUCAAUUAAACCACAAUGAAUCAAAGGCAACUCAUACGCAUCUAGUCAAACGUAUAAAUAAACCUAAAGGUAGAUAAAGGCAGACAAAAAUGUUUCCUACAUACAAAACGUAAAAAAUAUACAUUCUCAAGCCUAUUUGUAGUAUUUUAGGGUGGUGUGCAGCAGUUCUCAGGGGCACUAUGUUGCAAAAUGAGCACAAACUGAAAAGCAGAUUAAGGUAUAUUGUGGACACAAUUAUAUAAACAUGACAUUCUUUGGUUUUUAAGGUGGAGAAAGGCGUUGCGUCUGUUUCAACCAAAACAGACUAGAGAUAAAGAUCUAACUUAGAAUGACAGCAGAUGUACUCAAAUUAGCCAACCUGACUACGAAGUCACUUCACUGUCAACUUUCUGUUAGACGGUAACAGAGCUGUUCUUUUGCUGUCAUGGUAAAAAAAGUUUGACCACUUUUGCAGCACACACACCUGUUGAAAGCUGAAAGUUACAGACUUAAGACAAAACUUUUGUCUUUAUAACAAAAAUGGAUGCCAUCAAAAUAAUUGAAAAAAUUGACACAUUAAGAUUCUCAGUCAAUCAGAUCAUGUAGUUUGUCAGAAGCUACUGGGUUUGGUGUUUUGAAGAUGUUACUGUUGGAGAUGUUCUGAACUGAACAUACUCUUGCAUGAUGUGCAAAUAUUCCUCAUGUCUGAACACCAAAGCUAUGUCCAAAAUUCAUUCCACAUACUAAUUCUAUAUAUUAUGUAUUACGUAUUAGUUAUUAUAGUAUACUGUUCAGUCAGUAUACAAAAAAAAUACUUCACCAUUUUAUGCUAACAAGAAAUAACACAAUACGUGCAGGGCUGAAUGCCAAUUAAACUGUGAUUUUAGAAAACUAUUUAGCCAAUUCAGCUUCACAAAGAGAAAGCAAAAAUGUUUUUUUUAUUAAGUUUUAAAUUCCAUUUCUUCUGUGCUUUGUAUUAUGGGAGAAUAGUAUCCAUCAACAGCACACUCAGAAAAGGACAUUUAGUAUAGAUUUAGUAUGCAUUCUGUCUGCUUUGAGUACACUUUAUUUUGCCACUUUUCCAGUGUGAACACACUACACACUAAAAACCUGCUAAGAAUCUGCUAAUGCCAACAUUUUAGGAAUUUAUUUUUAGUAUAUACACGUAUCAUCACUGCAUCAUGUUCACCAAUAUUUACAAAUAAAAACAAAAUGUAUGCUGUCAGAA